GGUACAAAUUUAAGGUCUCAAGUGGGUACAGGUAAAUUUACAAAGUUAGUUACCUCUAUGAUAAAAUUACCGAAUUAUAAUAAGAGUAUUAUAAUAGGAUUAUUAUUAUCAGAUGGUUGGUUAACCUUUGCAAGUAAAACAAAUAAAAAUGCACGAUUAGGGUUUAAACAAACUAUAAAUAAAGCAUCUUAUGUAUGGUUUAUUUUUAAUGAAUUAUCUCAUUAUUGUAGUAGUUACCCUUAUUACGCAGAAAGUAAAAGAUCAGGAAAAGUACUUUAUAAUUUAGGUUUUUUUACUCGAGGAUUGACUUGUUUCACUGAAUUAUACCCAUUAUUCUAUAUAAAUAACGUUAAAAUAGUACCAGAAGAUAUUUAUAAUCUUUUAACUCCAGUUGCUCUAGCUCAUCUUAUCAUGGGAGAUGGUGGAUUUAAAAGUAAAGGUAUUUAUAUUUGUACUGACUCUUAUACUAUUCAAGAUACAGUCCGAUUAAUGAAUGUAUUAAUUAUACGUUAUGAUUUUAAAUGUACUCUUCAUAAAGCUAGUAAUGAACAUGGAUAUAGGAUAUAUAUUUCUCGGAAUUCAUUAUACAAAGUAAAAAAGUUAGUUAAACCCCAUUUUAUACCCAGCAUGUUUUACAAACUAGGUGGGUAG